AUGCAUUUACGGUCUGUGAGUACCCAAGAUUUGAUUAUUGGUAAAGCGGGUAAACAUAAACGAGAGAUGAUUCCCAAGAUCCUGCGUGAUUUCCCGCAUCGCAAGUUUAUUCUGGUAGGGGAUUCAGGGGAGAUUGAUCCAGAAGUAUUUGGGGAUAUCUACAAGGAGUUCCCGGAUCAGAUUAUCAAGAUAUUUAUUCAUGAUGUGACAUCGCAACGUGCCAUGAAUGCGGAUAAAUUAGCCAAGGAUAAACCUGAUUCGUAUUAUAGUAGUUUUCGUAAGUUUUUGUCACGCGAGUCACGCAAGAGCUCUUCGUCUCAAUUGGCGAUGGAUGCCAUGGGCCAAACGGAGGUACCAGAGGAACAAGAAGGGUUGAACGACCCCGAAAUACCGCUGUUGACGAAAUUGGAGCAAUUUGAGGCCCGCAUGAAACGUGUCUCCCGGGACAUGCGAGAAGGUGUCUUUACCGUCUUUACCUUGGCUUCUCAAUUAAUGUUGGAUCCAGUGGUUGCAGAAGAAUUCCUCAUGUCAAAAACUACUGACAUGGCCAUUUAA